AGAAUAUGUUAGUUCUUCAUGUUACUGUUGUGUUGGCUUCAGAAUGAUAGAUAUAUAGAUAUUUGGUGGUGAAUGGGGACACAUACAAUGGGAUCUGAAGGUGGUGCAGCUCAAGAAGCGAAGUUGCAGUCAUUGACCAGACAAGGCUCAUUGUAUAGCCUUACACUCGAUGAGAUUCAAACCCAGUUGGGGGAUGUGGGGAAACCACUGGGAAGUAUGAAUCUUGAUGAGCUUCUCAAGAGUGUGUGUACCGCUGAAGCUAAUCUGGUUACAGAAACCACCAUUGACAAUGUAUGUGGCGCUGCCUCAGGCUCCUCUCUGCAUAGGCAAGGGAGCCUGACAUUGUCCAGGGAUCUUAGCAAGAAGACUGUUGAGGAGGUGUGGAGAGAUAUUAAUCAGAAGAAGAGUGACAAUAAUCAAGAGAGAAAAGCUCAGGAAAGACAGGCUACUUUUGGUGAGAUGACACUUGAGGACUUCUUGGUAAAAGCUGGGGUGGCUACUGAAUCUACUAAUCCAGUUGAAAAGAAUGGUAAUUAUGUUUUGGAGAUUGAUCAUAUUGCGGCGAACCAGCAAAAUAUUGCGCAGCAUGCUCAAUGGAUGCAGUACCAGCUCCCUUCAGUGCGACCACAGCCACAGCCACAGCCACAGCCACAGCCACAGCAGAAUCUGAUGGCUGUUCUAGUGCCGAACCACCCUAUGCAGCAAUCUCUUCCUGUCAUCGCUAAUCCGAAUUUGGAUGCAGCAUAUCCUGAAAACCAGUUGACCAUGUCGCCAUCCUCUUUGAUGGGUACACUAUCUGAUACACAAACACCAGGGAGAAAAAGGGUUGCCUCUGGAGAUGUUGCUGAAAAGACUGUGGAAAGGAGGCAAAAAAGAAUGAUUAAAAAUAGGGAGUCUGCAGCCCGAUCACGAGCAAGGAAGCAGGCUUAUACUCAUGAAUUAGAGAACAAAGUCUCACAACUAGAGGAGGAGAAUGAAAGACUCAGGAAACAAAGGGCAGUGGAGUUCUUGCAAUGUGCACCGCCUCCAGAGCCCAAGUAUCAUCUCCGGCGAACAAGCUCAGCCCUUUUCUGACAUAAAAAUUUAGAGUGAUGUAUGUUGCAUUGGUGUUACUCUUAUUUGCUUACACCCUAACCAAACUUGUUUUCCAACAACUAGUUAAACACUCGUUGCUCAGGCCAACUUAUCCCACCAGAGCUGUCUUGUUACUAAUGCAGCUGA